GUAGACGGGCCUCACGGAAGCCGGCUUUGGCCCUGCGGCUGCUGCAGUCGCCGCGGAGAAAUUGUUGGAGCUGGCAGCCUAGGAAUGAAUCUCUUCUCAGCCUCUAAGCUCACCUGGUCAGAAUCCUUGGAUGAACCUGUGGGACCCUUCCUUCUAGCCCUGUGGUUUGGAACCAGUGGCUUUGGGACUGUGAGAGGAUGGACAAAGAUUCUCAGGGGCUGCUAGAUUCAUCCCUGAUGGCAUCAGGCACUGCCAGCCGCUCAGAGGAUGAGGAGUCACUGGCAGGGCAGAAGCGGGCCUCCUCACAGGCUUUGGGCACCAUCCCUAAACGAAGAAGCUCCUCCAGGUUCAUCAAGAGAAAAAAGUUUGACGAUGAGCUGGUGGAGAGCAGCCUGGCUAAGUCCUCUACCCGGGCGAAGGGGGCCAGUGGGGUGGAACCAGGGCGCUGUUCGGGGAGUGAACCCUCCUCCAGUGAGAAGAAGAAGGUGUCCAAGGCCCCCAGCACCCCUGUGCCGCCCAGCCCAGCCCCAGCCCCUGGACUCACCAAACGUGUGAAGAAGAGCAAACAGCCACUCCAGGUGACCAAGGAUCUGGGCCGCUGGAAGCCUGCGGACGACCUCCUGCUCAUCAAUGCCGUGUUGCAGACCAAUGACCUGACAUCUGUCCACCUGGGCGUGAAGUUCAGCUGCCGCUUCACCCUGAGGGAAGUCCAGGAGCGCUGGUACGCCCUGCUCUACGAUCCUGUCAUCUCCAAGCUGGCCUGCCAGACCAUGAGACAGCUGCACCCAGAGGCCAUUGCCGCCAUCCAGAGCAAGGCCCUGUUUAGCAAGGCUGAAGAGCAGCUGCUGAGCAAAGUGGGAUCGACCAGCCAGCCUACCUUGGAGACCUUCCAGGACCUGCUGCACAGACACCCUGAUGCCUUCUACCUGGCCCGUACUGCCAAGGCUCUGCAGGCCCAUUGGCAGCUCAUGAAGCAGUAUUACCUGUUGGAGGACCAGACAGUGCAGCCGCUGCCCAAGGGGGACCAAGUGCUGAAUUUCUCCGACGCAGAGGACUUGAUUGAUGACAGUAAGCUCAAGGACAUGCGAGAUGAAGUCCUAGAACAUGAGCUGACAGUGGCUGACCGGCGCCAGAAACGAGAGAUUCGGCAGCUGGAACAGGAACUGCAUAAGUGGCAGGUGCUAGUAGAUAGCAUCACAGGCAUGAGCUCUCCGGACUUUGACAACCAGACCCUGGCAGUGCUGCGGGGCCGCAUGGUGCGGUACCUGAUGCGCUCGAGAGAGAUCACCCUAGGCAGAGCAACCAAGGAUAACCAGAUUGACGUGGACCUGUCUCUGGAGGGUCCGGCCUGGAAGAUCUCCCGGAAGCAAGGUGUCAUCAAGCUGAAGAACAACGGUGAUUUCUUCAUUGCCAAUGAGGGCCGGCGGCCCAUCUACAUCGAUGGACGACCUGUGCUGUGUGGCUCCAAAUGGCGCCUUAGCAACAACUCCGUGGUGGAGAUUGCCAGCCUGCGAUUCGUCUUCCUCAUCAACCAGGACCUCAUUGCCCUUAUUCGGGCCGAGGCUGCCAAGAUCACGCCACAGUGAGAAGUGGUAGCAGGACCCAUGGGCUCUCUCUGGCCUCAGUUUCCCCUGCCCUCCCAGACCCCUGGAGCUGGCAACUCAGGCUCCUGGAAAAACCAGAGGGGGCUGUGGGAGACUCAGCUCCUGGCCCCUUGAUCUGAGCCUCUGCGGGCGGGCGGGGCUGGCCCUGGGAAAGGGACCCUCAGGCUGGGACCCUCAGGCUGCCUUAGUGCCAGAGCCCCUCCCUUUCUCUCUCUGCAGAGGCCCCCUGCCCUUUCCCCCAGAUUCCCACCUUUGCUCCAUGUCUCCAGCUGAUUAGCUUCAGACUUCUCCUGUAUUAUUUUUCUUUUGUAAAUACAAAGCACUGAGUUCCAAAGUA